AUGGUUGUAUUUGGUUGUAUUUACUAUAGUGUAUAGUUAUAAAAAAAUACGAAUUGCACUACGAAUACUGAAGUUCAUACCAAAUAGGUGUUAAUAUUAACUUGACCAAUCAGCGGAAAUCUAUCAGUUAUACGAUGUAUUUUAUAAUGUAACUAAUGUAGAAUGAUGUAUCACUUACUUUAACGUUUCAUUUGCGGAUAAAUAUAAAACGUUUUCUCGUAACUUUCAUUAUAAGAAAUUCCAAUCAAUAUAAGAUAUGGACGCUGAUGGCAUUAAUGUUGUGUUUGAUAUGGAGACAUUCUCAAAGGAAUCAUUUUCUGUGGAUGAAUUUUUAACUGAAAAUCGCAAUAAAAUGACACUAGAAAACAUGAGAGUUGAAAUGGGUAUCUUUCUUAAAGAUCUACGAAACAAGAUGAUUAAUUCAUUAAAUGAUGACUGUGACAAAUAUUUUCUUCUAUCUAAGGGAUUAAUUGGUAUUGAUCAACAAUUGGCUACCUUAAAACCUGGUUUAUGUUCAUUAAGCAAUUCUGUUAAUUUAACUAAAAGUAAUUUAGAAAAUACAUUGCAUGAUCUGGACAGUGAAAUACAAUUGAAUAAGAGAUUAUGUAAAGAUAAACAGGCACUUAACGCUAUUGUAAAAGUACAAAAAUCUCUAAACAAACUAGAUGAAUUAUUAUUGGAACAAAAUUAUGAUAGUAUAAUUGUUUUAUCCCGAGCUGUGGCUGAAUAUAAUCAACUUGUGUCUAGUAUGACCAAAUGUAGUAGUUUAUUGAAAACUAUACAUCUUAAGAGACAAUCAUUACUGAAUGAUUCACUAAUGGACAAAUUAAAUCAAGUAUUUGUUUCUUCGGUGGCAACUAAAAAAAAUACUAUGAAACGGUUGCUUGAAAUGUAUUUAUCUCUAGGUAGAAUUAAAUCUGCAGAAAAUAUUUGUCAGGUUGAUAUUAUUAAACCAGUAAUGGAGUCUAUAUUGAAUGAAAAUUAUUUAAGAAAUUGUAAAGGUGGCUUAAAAGAGUUGUACAAUCAAUGUUAUACAUUCCUCCAAGGAGAUUUAAAAAAUUUACUUCAAGCUGCAGCUGAUCAAAAUAAUGAAAAUUAUGUGUUUGAGAAAUUUGAUUUUAUUUCAAAAAGCUUUUGGCCUGUUGUUUUUGAUCAAAUAAAAAACAAUUUACAAAGUAUCUUUAACUUCAGGGAACCUGAUAUUUUCAUACAAAAUUAUAAAGUAACUUUUAAUGAAUUUAUGAAACAUUUAAAUGAACUGUCAAUCUCACAGUAUGAAACUGAACCAUUACACAAAAUGCAAAGUUGGAACGAUUUUAAAAAAUGUUGGAAUUUGCCGAUUUAUUAUCAAUAUCGGUUUCAAGAAAUUGGAAUUUGUGCUGAAAAUGUUAUGAAUAAUGAAAGUUAUGAAUUAUGUAAUGAUGAAACAUUUAAACUUAAAGUUACAAAAACAGUAUGGGAUUGUAUGAAUUCUUGUUUAGAUCCAAACAUAUUCAUAGUUCAAUUGAGUCAUAGAUUUUUCAAAUUUAUACUGCAGUUAAUAUCUAGGUAUCAAACUUGGGCAAAAGAUGCUAAUGUUAAAUCAAAAACUGAAUUGAAUGACUUUAGCACUCGUAUUACAUUUCUUGAAGACUUGGAAAGUGAUUUGAAAAUAUUUUAUUUUAAAUUAAAUGAUAUAUAUUUAAUGUUUGAACAAUUAUUAUGCACAAAGGUGCCAGUUGACAUUUUAGAGUUACAAAAAAGUUGUAUUCUAGACAUAAAUUUAAACUCUUUAAUAAAUGAUAUAAAUAAGUGUAAAUUACAAUCUGUGACGGAUGAAGUAAUGUCAUAUGUAAUAAGAGUAACCGAUGUACCAAGGUUAUUUAGACAUACAAAUCGAGAUUAUCCAAGAGAACCAUGUGCUUAUAUGAAAUCAAUUGUGACAACACUGAAAACUUUACAAAACAAAAUCUGCCAAAAGCAAGUAUUGGAUCAUAUUGUUACUCAAUAUGUUGCUUAUGUUGAUGAUGUUAUGAAAGCAAUAAAAAAAACUGAAGAAAGCUUAAGAAAAUUGAAGAAAAUUAGAGAUCCAAACUACAAAGUGAAUUCUGAUGAUGAUAAAAUUCGACGUCAACUGUCAUUGGAUGUGAAUUACUUAUUGUUGUCUAUUGGAGGUAUGCAUUUACCAGAUGUUAAAGAUAUUGAAUUAAAACUGGAAUCUGUUAAAGACACAAUUGUUGUUGAUAAAUUACCAUAAAUAUUAGAAUUUUAAUUGUAAAAAUAUAUAUUGUUAAAAACUUACCGA